GCUAGGAUCGUCUAAUUAACCUGAUUUUUCUGCCGUGGCCAGUUCAUGGUGGGGGCAGUAGGACGAACGGUACUGAUCUUGCACACGUCUUCUAUCUGCUCCUACUUCGAUGCCCAUUUAUAAAUCAGCAGUCUCUGUUACUUCACCUUGGCUGCGAUCCCUGAUUCCUUUCAAAACCCCUUCUCUCCCUGAGAAAUCCAAAACCCAGAUUCCAAAUCCCCUCAAGCACAAAACCCACAAAGGGAAUCAUUCAAAAUCGAAGGCGGACGUAGAAUUUCAAAAUCCCAGAAACCAAAAUCCUUGAAAAGGCAGAAAUCAAUACCCCGGGAAAACAGAAAAGGAAAACAAAUCUCUGCUGAAAAAUGUCGAGCAGUUGGAGAAGAACUCUCGGGAACGUCCGAUCUUUCGUCGGCAAUUCCCUUGGAGGCCUGCGAGGCGGAAGCAAUGUUGCUUCGUGGGCCGUUGCCGGUACGCUGGCGUAUUUUCUUUGGGUUAAACCCGCUCAAGAACUCAAGAGAGAGCAACAGGAAAAGGCAGCACUGGCGGCAGCUUCAGAUCCUUAUCGUUACAUCGAGAAAAGAAAACCCAUUCCAGAUCCUCAGGAAACUGGUUUGAUAUAUGGGAAGCGGAGAGAAGCCAAGAAAUCAGAUGAUUGAAUGAAACCUAAUUUGUUGAUUUGUUGGCAUAUCAAUCAGCUUUAUGGUUACACACCUUAAAAAGAUGGAUUUGGAUAAAGAAACCAUUGUCAUGUUACCAAGAUGGGACUUCACCAGAGCGGAGUGGUUCAUCUGUCUUCUUUUCAUGUUUUGGGCUGUUCAUGCUACCCCCCCAACUGCAGUCAUUGUCGGGAGCAGAUCUGAAGAAGGAUUAUAUGUAGCUGAUCAACUUUCAACUAAGAUAUUCAGUUAAAUAGAUAAAGGAUAUAAAUGCAAACUGCUGAUAGUGUAUAGUAUAGCUUAUGUUACAGGUAAGCAGAAGAAGAUAACUUUGUGUUCCUGGCAACUCUUUCACUAGUUACCGAAAAUGGGCAUUGUUUAUUUUUUGAAAUUCA